CAAAGUACUCAUCCCCACUCCUCCUUGAUAUAAUUAUUGCUUUUUAUUCCUAGUAAAAGAUUCUUCCUUUACCUUAACAAAUAAUUUUAGAAGAUUGGAUUAUUACCUGAGAGAGAUAACAAGAAAGGCUACAUAUACUAAUUAAUUACUCAUCUUCAUAAUUUUAAUUUGGUUUUUUUUUUCUUCUCAUGGAUGCUGAUCAGUCCAACUCAGACUCUUUUUCGUCAUCAAAUCUAAGAAUCAUCGUCCAGGAAAACCCUUCAGAAGCCCAACUCUCUGAAUUAGGCAUAAAAUCUUGGCCAAAAUGGGGUUGUUCACCAGGGAAAUACCAAUUAAAAUUUGAUGCAGAAGAGACAUGUUAUUUGUUGAGAGGGAAAGUGAAAGUGUACCCAAAGAACUCAACAGAAACAUCAGUGGAGUUUGGAGCAGGGGAUCUUGUGAUUAUUCCCAAAGGACUUAGUUGUACUUGGGAUGUGUCUGUUGCUGUUGAUAAACACUACAAGUUUGAUUCUUCUUCAUCCUCCUAAACCUUGAUAUUAUUAUUUUUUGUUAGGAGGAAACCCGCGACCGCUACACUUGAUGCGCACCGGGUAAACCUCCUUGUGUAGUAGCCUGCAAACACUACAAUUUCUAUUUUAA